UCAUCCUCUCGUCCUCGAUCCGGUCGAGUCGCGAAUUGGAACCCACGGCAGCACACAAAGAAGGUGGGCAUCAAACCCUCCAUGAGAUCUCUCGCCUGUCGCCGCUUCUCCUCCUCCUCCUCCUCCUCCGCCGCUUCCGCUCUCCCCAUCCCUCACCGCUCCCUCGCCGACCCCCGCGGCUCCGACCAUGACUUCGUCGCCGUUGCCCACAGCCACCUUCUACGCGCCGAUUGGCCCGCCCUCGUCUCCCUCGCCCCCUCCCUCACGCCCUUCCGCACCGCGCACCUCCUCCUCCGCCUUCGCUGCGACCCUAUCCUCUCCCUCGAGUUCUACCGCUGGACCCUCCUCCACGGCACCCCCGCCUCCCACUCCCUCGACACCCACGCCAUCGUCCUCCACAUCCUCACCAAAUCCCGCCGUUUCAAGGCCGCCGAGUCCAUCUUCCGCCAGUCGUUGAUCCCCCGAACCCAGAACUCCACCUCGGAGCUCUUCGACGCGGUGCUUCGCACGUAUCGCCUCUGCGACUCGACGCCCGCCGUGUUCGACGCCAUGUUCAAGGCCUAUGCCCACGAGCGCAAGCUCAGGAAGGCCACCGAGACCUUCCGGCUGAUGCGGGACUACGGGUUCCUCCCCAAGAUCAAAUCUUGCAACGCCUUCUUGAGCUCGCUGCUCUAUCUGGGGCGGGCUGACGUCGCGCUGGCCUUCUACCGGGAGAUGCAUCGGUGUCGGAUCUCGCCGAACGUCUACACCCUAAACAUGGCCAUACGCGCGCUCUGUAACUCGGGGAAGCUGGAGAAGGCUCUCGACCUGUUCGAUAAAAUGGAAGGGAUGGGAUUCACUCCUACCGUUGCUUCCUUCAAUACCUUGAUCGAUGCUCAAUGCAAAAAUGGAGUCACGGGGCAUGCUGUGAAGCUCAAGAACACAAUGGCCGGUAAAGGUUUGGAGCCGAACGUGAUCACCUACAAUACUCUCAUCCAUGGGUUCUGUAAGGAAAGCAAGUUGCAUGAGGCUAACAGGGUUUUCCAGGAGAUGAAAGCCGCCGAGGUGAGGCCGAACACGGUGACCUACAACACUUUGAUAAAUGGUUAUAGUCAGAUGAACAACAGCGAGAUGGGCUCGAGGCUUUAUGAGGAGAUGGUAAAAGAUGGUAUUGAGGUCGACAUUGUAACGUACAAUGCUCUUAUAUUGGGGCUUUGCAAUGAAGGGAAGACAAAGAAGGCCGCCCAUGUAGUGAAGGUGCUCGAUCAAAAGAAUUUUGUCCCAAAUGCGUCGACCUUUGCUGCUCUCAUUACUGGACAAUGCAAGAGGCAAAACUCUGAGCGGGCACUUGAUAUUUACAAGGCCAUGAAGAGAAGCGGGUGUACUCCAAACAAUGAUACAUUUAGGCUGUUGAUAUAUACCUUCUGCAAGAACAAGGACUAUGAAGGCGCGGUUGAGUUGUUGAAGGAAAUGUUGGGGAGAUAUAUGGCACCUGAUGAGACUCUGCUUACUGAGGUUUUCGAGGGGAUUUAUAGCUCUGGAAAGACCCACCUGGUUACUGAAUUGCACUUAGAUGUUGUUGGGACAAGACUUAUUCCUGAAGUUUAUUUCAAAAAUGAACACACAACUAAGUUGCUGGAUAUAUCAGAUACUGAAGCACAGAAGAUGUGUAUGGGAUAAAGAAGUGGAACAAAUUUGCUUGGUUGAGAAGAGAUUUACAGCUACUUGGCCCAACAUCUUAUAAUUUUCGAUGAUUUCUCGAAGAUAUUUGGUGAUGAUGAUACAUACUUGGAGUUUUUCUGUGGACUUGAUAGUUUGAUAUUGCCACAUCUUAUGUCGUAGACUCUAACAGCCUACAUGAGGAGGUGAGUUAUAUAUCAUGGUUUUGUGUUGGUAUCAUGGUUGGAGAAGAAAAAACUUGUUCAAUGUUCAGAUCCUGGUCAAUUUGUUCUCUGAGGUGUUCAUUUCAAGCAAGAUGUGUUCAGGAGCAGGGAGCAAAGCUAUAAGCAGCAACGAUAGAUGUCAUUGUUGCAGCAAGAUUUGAAUUGACCAUCCUCUGAUGAAAGCUUGUUCUUACACAUCUUUCUGGACAAAGAAUAUUAUUUGCUGCAAAGCAAGAAUUCUAUCAUUGUUCUGGCUAGAGUAGAAUCAGCUUGUGAUUUGAUACAAGCUUGUUCAUAAAAUCUGUCUGGAAAUAAUGUAUGAUUUGCUUCUGUGCAAGAUUUUCAGCUAGCUUCAGGAAUUUCAUUAGAGUUGGAACACAUGUGAAAAUAAACGCUGGAAGUCUACGAAGGACCUUUGGUGAAGGCCAAGAAGUUGCGACUUCAAAGGAGGAAACUGCCUGGAAAGGAACGUAAAAUCCCCUCCGUGUUUGAUCCCUACAUGGAAGGUAUAAUAUGUUAAAGUUAUUUUGUUAUCAUUUCAGAAGUUUUUGCUACCUUGUCAAUUGAUUCUUAUUUCUUAGUGAUUGUUUCUAGCUAAAUUAAGGGGAAAUCAAAGUAGCACAUAGGAGAAUUCAGGUUUGAGGAAACAGUAAGGUUUAAAAGGUAUGUUGGAAGCAAGUUUACAUGUGUAUAUUAUUUGUGUACUUGUAGGUGUACUUAAGCAUAUAUGUAUUCUUCAUCAAACACAAAUGACAACACUUGUUUUGCGCUAGGAGAAGACGAGUGAAAAAUGAUAAGCAACCUUUUUUUCUCUAACAAUCUUUUCUUAUUUUGUUUGCAUUCAGCCACUUACACGAGUCAUAAGCUUUUGAACUAUUUCCGUGGAGUGUGCCAUAUUUCUCAAUUUAUAUAAUAUGGAUUAGGAUGGACGAAAUUAUGAUUCCAACUAUUAGCAUGUAUGACACAAAUGCUAUUAAUCAUGAUCCGCAUCAAGAUUUGAAAUUGCAUAGAUUGUAAAGCAGGUGCAUCAGGACACAUACAAGAUUCUUGCUACCUAGUUUACUACAUCAGGAGAUAUUAUGCCUAAGCAAGCUUAUGAGUCCUGAUUCACUCCUUUGUUUUGCUCCUCUUAACUGAGUCUCAGAAUUCUGUAUCUAUUCAUGACACCCAAUCCAAACAGGAAGGAAAGAUGUUUUCAUUUCCUUUUCCUACAAUCCAGACAACUUUUUUUUGUUUUCGAUGGAAAAAAAAGGUUUUUCACCAUCCUUUUUCUGGCAACCAAUUGAACCCUAGGAUUAUGUGGACUGCACAUCUCCAUCCAUAAAACUAAAAUGGCAGAAAUACAGUCUCAUGUUCAUGUGCAUAUGUAAGUGUUGCAAAUCUUUGUUGAUAUAUUUCAGAUAUCUAACAAUGGAUGAACUGAAAAAUUCUAAUUCAAGGGAAAUUUAAUUUAAGGGCAUUAAAAGAAUUUUAGCAUUUAGUUCUUUCUUCCCUUGGAAAUGUGCUACUGGAUUUUGUCAGCUGGAUGUUAUCUAAGAAGUGGUUUGUACCAAGGUUCACAGUACAGUUUCAGACCAAUACUGUACAGGUCCAUACCAGCGUAUUGAGUGUUGGUACAUCAAUACCUGCCAAAUUUUGAGAAAUACUGAAAAAUAUUUAAAAGGAAACAAAAAAAACUCUGGUACAGGGCCUGCACUAUCCUGUACUGGAGGCAUCAUGUGGUUUACCUUGUCCAUGUAUUGGUAAGAUAUUGGACUGGUAAACACCAUACGUACCAUACCAUACCGAUGGUAGCGCAAAUCUUCAUUUAUACCACAUGUAUAUAAAUCUUCAUAUGUAUGUAUGUAUAUAUACCUUCCAAUCGCACCAUAUCAUGAUAUCAACCACAUCUUUUUCUGAAUAGUAGGACAAAAUCUCAGUGUUUUUUAUUCUUUAUUCUGGCAGCAUUGAUGGUAAUGGCUGCAGCGAUGGUGAUUCCAAUCGAAGAGUUCCAUCGACAUCUUUCACAUUUAAGGUUCAGAGGGUGAUCCCAACUUGUCCAUCACAAGGCAUGUCAUAGGUAUAUUUUAACAUCCAUUUCUGCAAAUAUUGCACCUUGAGUAACAUAAAUGUUUGGAGUAGUAGUCACAAGAUCUCACAACAUCUCAACAUCAUCCUCAAGGCCCUAAGGUGGUUCUUAAUAAAAGCCGUCUUGUUUCUACUCUACAAAUCCUAUACCAUCGUUUGAUGUGAGUUAGGAUCAGGCAUUAUCUUUCGUAAUAGUAAUUGGAGGACUAAGUACCAAAACAGAGCUGAUGGUCUAGGCAUCGACUGCGCGGCUCUCAAAGGUCAUGGAACUAUUAUUAUCAAUGGAGUUUUGAGGGAGGAAUGUAGAUCGAUGUGCAGUAAUCCUUUUAAUUGGGUUGGUGCUUUGACAGUUUAAAUUCGAUUGAUGGUCACUGCUGUAUUUAAACAUAAGAUGUAAUGUUAAAUGUUCAAGGAAGCUGCUACAUGUUCUAUGGUC